CACGAUCGAGUUGGUACUACGAUAAGCUUUGCCACUAGUUAGCUUCGGUCUUGUAUUCUUGUUGCUGUUAGUUCUCUGUGUGCCAGCAGCAUCCGGCCGGUAGGAAAAAUGACGACUGGGAAGGUAACAUUGGAGGCGGUGAGAAAGGCGCAGCGCGCCGAGGGACCUGCUACGGUGUUGGCCAUUGGGACGGCGACACCGGCAAACUGCGUGUAUCAGGCUGACUACCCGGACUACUACUUCCGGGUCACCAAGAGCGAACACCUUACCGACCUCAAGGAAAAAUUCAAGAGGAUAUGCCACAAGUCGAUGAUUAGGAAGCGUUACAUGCAUUUGACUGAGGACAUCCUAGAGGAGAACCCCAACAUGAGCUCGUACUGGGCACCAUCCCUAGACGCACGCCAGGAUAUCCUGAUACAGGAGAUACCCAAGCUGGGCGCGGAAGCUGCAGAGAAGGCGCUCAAAGAGUGGGGCCAGCCACGUUCCCGGAUCACGCACCUCGUCUUCUGCACCACCUCCGGCGUGGACAUGCCUGGCGCCGACUACCAGCUCAUCAAGCUACUCGGUCUCUGCCCCUCUGUGAACCGAGCGAUGAUGUACCACCAGGGUUGCUUCGCCGGCGGAAUGGUGCUCCGUCUUGCCAAGGACCUUGCCGAGAACAACCGUGGUGCCCGGGUGCUCAUCGUGUGCUCCGAGAUCACCGUGGUCACGUUCCGGGGGCCCUCGGAGUCUCACCUUGACUCGCUUGUCGGCCAAGCUCUCUUCGGUGACGGCGCAGCUGCGGUGAUCGUCGGCGCAGACCCCAGCGAGCCUGCUGAGCGGCCAUUGUUCCAUCUAGUAUCAGCGAGCCAGACCAUUCUCCCAGACUCAGAGGGUGCCAUCGAGGGCCACCUCCGUGAGGUGGGGCUCACCUUCCAUCUCCAGGACAGGGUUCCACAGCUCAUCUCCAUGAACAUUGAGCGCUUGCUGGAAGACGCUUUCGCACCGCUUGGCAUCUCCGAUUGGAACUCCAUCUUUUGGGUGGCGCACCCUGGCGGUCCAGCCAUACUGAACAUGGUGGAGGCUAAGGUUGGCCUUGACAAGGCCAGAAUGUGUGCCACCCGCCACAUCCUGGCAGAGUAUGGCAACAUGUCAAGCGUUUGUGUCCUCUUCAUCCUUGAUGAGAUGCGAAACAGGUCUGCCAAGGACGGACACACCACAACUGGGGAGGGUAUGGAGUGGGGUGUCCUCUUCGGCUUCGGCCCCGGCCUCACCGUCGAGACCAUCGUUCUUCACAGCGUUCCCAUCACCACAGUGGCUGCAUGACCGCUGUGUGCAUGUUGCUCCGGGUGACGCGUGUGCAUGGCUAUUCACCUUUACACUUUACAGUUUAUUUUGGUUUCUCACACAAAUAAUGUACUGCGGCUUCUAUGUGCCGUGCUGUGUGGGUGCUUGCUGUUUGUCUUUACACGAAUACCUGAGAUAUCUGUGCUAGUGUUAAAUGAAUAAAACAUGUACAAGUCAACACAGUGCAGUGGUUAUAAUAAUUUAUUAAUACCAUGUGCCCCUAAUAUUAUACUCGAUCCCUCCAUUCCAAAUUA